GUCUUCUCUCUCUCACUGCUACUUAGCACUCACCAAGUCUCUUUCUCUCUCUAAAAUUUUAAGUAUUGCCAUACCUUCUUCUUCUUCAUGUUUUCAAGAAAGCAAAUCUCGCCUCCAAAUACUCCCUUGGAGGAGGAGAAAGACAAGUACUAUUAUUCAAAAUAUAAAGAAACCCAAUUCUCACUCAACAAUCCCAAUUUAAAGUUUGCUGCCUUAGUUUUUAUCUUCCUAUCUUCUUGGCUUCUUCUUCUUCUCUUUUGGUUCCCACCCAAAACCACAAACAAUGUCGCUGUUCUCCAUCUCGCUCACAAAACCGAAAACGCCGAAACCAUCAAUCUCGCCGCCGCCGCCCCCACAAAAUCGCCGUUCAAGGUUCCCACGUGCGACCCAAGCGUCGCAGUCUACGUGUACCCUCUGCCGCCCAAGUUCAACACCGGGCUCUUGAGCCGCUGCAAAACCCUCAACGUGUACACCGACAUGUGUCCCCACGUGGCAAAUCGCGGCCUCGGCCAGCCCCUUCCCAAGCUUGGCUCCCCCGCCGCCUGGUUCGCCACCCACCAGUUCAUCGCCGAGAUGAUCUUCCACGCACGUGUGGAGAACCACCCCUGUCGCACCCUCGACCCCGCACGUGCCGCCCUCUUCUACGUCCCCUUCUACGGCGGCCUCCACGCCUCCAGCAUGUUCAAGGAGGCCAACCUCACCGCCCGCGACGAGCUUGCCGUUAACCUCGUUGACCACCUCCAGGCGCAACCCUGGUGGGGGAGGAAUAGCGGUAGGGACCACUUCAUCGCCCUGGGGAGGACCGCGUGGGAUUUCAUGAGGGCCACCGACGGUCCGGAUUUCGGCGCCAACUCCCUCCUCAACUUACCAGCUGUCAAAAACAUGUCGGUGCUGACCGUGGAGCGGCACCCCUGGCAAGGCUCAAACCAGCACGGCAUACCCUACCCUUCCUACUUCCACCCCUCCACGUGGCAGGAGAUACUGACGUGGCAAAACAAAGUGCGGGAGAUGUACCGGCCAAACCUGUUCUCCUUCAUCGGCGGGCCCCGCAAGGGGUUGGAGAAGGCGGCGAUCCGGAACGAGUUCAUACGGCAAUGCGGCGAGUCGACUCGGUGCUUUCUCAUGAACUGUGGGCCCAGUGGGGCCAGCAAGUGCCACGAGCCGAGCGAGGUCUUGAAGGUUAUGACCGAGUCGACGUUCUGCCUGCAGGCGCCCGGCGACUCGUUCACUCGUCGGUCAACGUUUGACUCGGUGCUGGCCGGCUGCAUACCGGUGUUCUUUUCGCCGCACACGGCGUACACGCAGUAUAAAUGGUUUUUACCGGAAGAGGUAAAAACGUACUCGGUUUAUAUCGACGAGAAGAGCCCCGCGAGUAGAAAGAUAGAGGACGAGUUGUUGAAGAUAUCGGGCGAGAAGGUGAAGGCGAUGCGCGAGAAGCUCGUGGAUUUGAUCCCGAGUCUUACCUACGCGCAUCCGAACGCCACCGAUGUUGGGUUCGGAGACGCCGUCGACGUGACACUUGCGUCGCUGGCCAACCACUUGAGCGAAAUGAUGAAUUAAUUCAAUUAAAUUUUUGGAGCUGCGAAUUGGAUUGUGUGCGUGUUGAGUUUGGGAGAGAUGAACAGUAUUGGGACGUAGAAGGUGGAGGUUCAAUGAAUUAAUUGACCUUUUCUUUUUAGCCUGCCGACAGUCCAGUUCUCCAUUACUCACCGUCUUUUUCUUAUUUUGUAAAGAACAUUUCUAUUUAAUUCUUCAGAAAUUUUAAAAAAAGAAUUAAUAUAUAUUUUUUAAUUAGUCACAUAUUUGUAUUGAUUGAGACAGAAUACUUUCUCGUCAACCGAUUAUACUGUUGAAGUACAAUUUUGAAGCUUGAUCAAGCGAUUAUAUUGUUGAAGUACAAUUUUAAUGACGAGUUUGAUGAUAGGA